AUGCCGGAACCAAAAAGCCUUUCUGAUGUACUGGAUGCAGUUGACUUGGAGGCCCUUCGCUCCCGGUAUGAACCCAUUGAGGUUAUAGGUGAGGGAACUUAUGGUAUUGUAUUUAAGGCACUCGACAUAUCAACAGGAGCCGCUUAUGCAAUAAAAAAAAUUCGUCUAGAUGGGCUUCGUGAAGGAGUGCCCCCGACCGCAAUACGUGAAAUUACCUUACUACACGAUCUCAAAAAACACCCUAACGUGGUGCAGCUGCUCAACGUACUCUGUGAGAAGCACCGUGUGUAUUUAGUUUUCGAACUACUUAAGGAGGACUUGCGCGUCUUCAUUCGCCGCCACCGCCCCUUGCCGUCCGAAAAGCCGGCUAAUGGUUCAGUACUGCCCUUGCGCCUUGUGAAGGACUUCACACGGCAGAUGCUGCAUGCCCUAUGGAGCUGUCAUAACAGCCGUAUUAUCCAUCGCGACUUGAAACCUGGAAACGUGUUGGUGGCAGAACGAAAGAAUCCCACCACUGAAAAACCCGAGUAUUUCGUUAAGCUUGCGGAUUUCGGACUAUCCCGAACGUUUGAAAUGUCUGUUGAAACGUACACGCACGAGGUAAUGACGUUAUGGUAUCGCGCGCCCGAAAUUAUUCUUAAUCAGCGUCAUUACAGCUCCUCCGCUGAUGUUUGGUCACUUGGUUGCAUUGUGGCUGAGAUGAUCCUUGGUAAUUCUCUUUUUUGUGGAGAAAACGCAAAAGACCAGUUAAACAAAAUAUUUUAUGUUGUUGGUACCCCCACUGAGGAAACGUGGCCGGGCGUCACCAAACUACCCGGGUAUAAUACAAAGUACUUCAAGAUCUACCGUGUGGCGCCGCUAACUACUCGUUUGCCUGGGUAUGAUCCUAAAGCAGUGGAGUUUAUUGCCUUUUUACUGCACACAAAUCCUAAAAGUCGUCCAACGAUUUCGGAAAUAUUUGAUCACCCUUUUUUGGCAAGCGAUGAUUAA